AUGGCAAAUGAACUUUUUCAAGCAAUUGAAGAAGAGAUUUAUCCGGAAAGGAAGAAAGGGAAUAGUGGCUCAGGUUGGAUAUGGUUAUUGGUAAUAGUGGGAGUGGUUGCAGUUGGAGUAAUUGAUAUAAAUGUAAGAACACUGGCAAAUACUUCAAUGUCAGAACCGGAACUAUAUUUGAAAACUCCAAGAUAUCUUUACAAAAAUGAUUUUGAGCCUUAUUUGCUUUUUCUUCUCGUAAAAAAGGCAUCUCUUCUUACCAGUAGAAGUUGUAAAGAUAAAAUUCCGAUUUGGGGAGCAGUUGGAAGGGAUAGUGGUAAUAUGAUUGCUAGGGCUGUUCCUAAUAAUCAACAAAGCACUUUGGUGUCGUUGGUUAAGGAUAAUAUCAAAAAAGGUUCUGAUGUUUACAGUGAUGAAUUACCUGCUUAUGAAAUUCUAGCUCCUUUCAAAAGAAGCAUUUAUGGAAUUUAUCACAACAUAAGUAGAAAACAUGCUCAAAGAUAUAUUGAUGAGAUUACUUUUCGUUAUAAUACUCGAAAAUAUGAAGAGAAAGAAAGGUUUGAUUUAGCACUUUUAUCAAAUAUGAAAAAUAAGAAUACAGAAAUAAUAGAAGCAAAAUACAAAGGUGAAUUAGACCUAGUAGGAUUUAAAAUAUCUUGUUAUGUUUUGGAAGAUGGAAGGAGAAUUUUAUCAAAUAGAGGCACGGCGAGGGUUUUAAAAAUGACGGAUGAAGGAGAUAAACAAGCAAGAAAAAUUGGUUAUGGUAAUGAAGCAACCUUAUUGCCAGAUAUAUGUGAUGUUUUUUUAGAAGCAAGAAGAAACAUAAACUUAUUGCCACGGCAAAAAAUCAUUGCUGACCAAUGUGAAAUAAUAAUGAGAGCAUUUUCCAAGGAAAUGUUCCCACUAGGUUAUUAUAAGGAUGUAUUUGGAGUUUAUGAUGUAUCUUUUACUCCCGAAAACAUAAGGAGAAAACCACGAUUUAUUGGUUCAUUUGUGUUAAAAGAGAUAAAAUCAAGAACUCCAAAAACCAAAGGAGGGCAUUAUAAAAAAAGGUUUCACCAAUCUUUAACUCCCCUAGGAAAAAAGGCUGUGGAAGAGAUAAUUAAUACAGUAAGAACAUUGGCUUGGGUUUCCGGAAAAGAUAGAAAUAAAUUUCGGAGAUUAGUAAAGGAAAGGCUUCAACUUGAAAGGGAAUUGCCCUAUAUAGAUGUAGAAGCCAUGGAUGAUAGUAAAAAAGAAACGGAUUUUGAUAAGGUAUUAAAAACUGCUAUAAAUACACCACCACUAAAACUGAAAGACCUCAAAGAAAAGUUGAAGAAAGCAAAUGAUAAUAAUAAAUGUUAUCGUUGUCAAGAAAUACUUUGGGGAGCCUCAGUUAAGGACAUCAAAGGCAAUGACUACUGCCUUGAUUGUUCAAAAUGUUCCCAAUGCCACUUAAAACUUACCGGCAAGUAUCAUGUUGGUCUCAAAGGAGGUUUUUGGUGUAGUGAUUGUGUCAAAAAUCAUCGCAUUAAAGAAGUAGCAACCGCCCAACAAGAAAUAAAGAAAUUAGCCCAAGAAAGAGAAGAAUUGCAAAAACAAUUAGAUGAGUUAAAUAAUCCCGCUUCUCAUUGUGAAAUUUGUUCUAAAAAAAUAAAGGGUGGUGAUACUUAUUAUGCUACUUCCCAAGAACCAGAUAAAAAAACUUGCCCUACUUGUUAUCAAGACCAAAUAGAUAAAAGGUUAGCCGAAACAAAAAGGAAGAAAAAAGAAUUAGAGAGAGAAAAUGAAGAAGUUAACGAUAUAAUGGAGCAAGCCGAACAAGCCAACUUAGCAGGAAAAGUUUUUGUUCUUUCCGAGCGAGGAAAAAAGUUAUUAGGAUCCAAGGGAGUAAAAAUUGUUGAAGAUGGUAAUAAUUUAGUGAGAAAACAACAAAAUCAAGAUAGUCAGAAUAAUUAUCCUACUUCUCACGAUAAUCAAAGAUUUAAUGAUAAUAGUAAAAAAGAUCAAGGAUUGGAAUAUUUGACCCCUCUUCUGGUCGGAGGCGGAAUAAUUAUUAUAAUAAUUUGUUUGAUUAAAAGUGGCAAAAGCAAGCAACAAGCUUUUAGGAAAGCACAAAAGGCAAAGGCGAUCAUUGAAGUUAUGAUGGAGGUAGCAUUACACAAACUUGCUCCAAACCCGAAUGCCAAGCAUUAG